UCCGUUUGCUGUACAGCGUAUCCUAACAUUUUCAAGCAACUGAAGCUAAUUCAAUAUGACAUAUUGAAUAUUUGAAAGGAGAAUAUGACGUUGAUAGUUUGUAUUGCUAUCCUCCUGGGUGGAUUUUUUUGUGCCACGGACGUCCACGGACAAUUUUGUUCUGAAGGAUCCUUGAGUCCACAUACCGGCUUUUGCUACCAUGUCCACAAAAAGAAUAAAGACAAAAUCGAGGAUGCUCGACUGGUAUGCCGAAACGACUACGGUGGAGAUGUACCAUCUAUCUUCACUGGCGAUGAAAACACAUUUAUUCACGACCUCCUAACCACCGAAGGAACUAAGAGUCAUUACUGGAUAGGCGUCAAUGAUCUUUAUGAAGAAGAUUUAUUUCGCGACUACAUGCUGAAUGAGGAACUGACCUACAACAACUGGGAAUCGGACGAACCAGAUAACGAAUCUGGCUUCGACUGUGCCAAGAUGCUGCGAGACGAUGGGAAAUGGGUAGCAUGCCCCUGUGACAAAGAUUCAGAUUUUGAAGAGGGGGUUAUUUGUCAGCAACCACCUGAUCCAAACCCAUUCACUCUUUGCCCUGUUAACAUGUUGCCAUACACGACCCAUUGGUACACCGAAUGCUACUGGUUUUCGAUGGACGAGCAUAGAGCACUGGAUGCCAGUUUGGAAUGUGCGGCCAUGGGGUCCAAAUUGGCCUUCAUAGAGGACCAAGCGCUGAAUGACUUCAUUCAUUCCUAUCAAGAAAGCUCGAAGUUGGACACGGUGUGGAUCGGAACACAACAGAUUUCAGACGGCGGCAGUGGACAGACUUACCUAUCGGUAGAGUUUGGCACGACGAUACCCGCGUAUUAUGACUACUUCACAUCGGAAUAUUCUGGGAGUGAGUCCCCUGUUUGCGCAGCCAUGAUAAGAACAGAAGCCGGCCAGUGGAAUCAUCUGUCAUGCGAUGAUGCAAAACAUGCUUACAUCUGCUGGUACAAUGCAACAGUAUAUCAUCAAAAUACUACGUCUGCGGUAACCCCGGUCGGAUCGAUAACCACAAUGGUCACUACAACAUCACCAACAACUAAUCCCAGUCCUACAAUAACAGAAGCUGCAACAACAGAAGCUACAACCAUUCCUACCACCAUUCCACCAACCACUCCAAGUCCUAACACAACAGACUUUACAAUUCCGUUGCCCAAUACAACUACGACUACUGCAAGUCCUACAACAACAGAACAGACAACAUCAGAAGCGACAAUAACUUUGCCCGCUACUACACCAACCACUACUCACAGCCCUACAACAACAGAAGGUUCAUCAUCAAUAGCGACAACAACUUUGCCCAUUACUUCACCAACCACUACUCACAGCCCUACAACAGCGGAAGGUACAACGAUUCUAUCCACCACCACUGCAAAUCCUACUACCAGCUCUUCCACAGUAGAGUCUACAACAACGUUGCCACCCAUCACACCAACAACAAAUGUCAUAACAUCACAAUCGGCUACAACAGAGAGCACUACCAGUCAAAGUACCACACAGGAGGGAUCUUCUUCUGUGGGGUCUACAACACCUGCCCCGACAACUACAGAACCCACACCAACUACGUCAGAAACAACACCAACAGUCGGAAUCUCUACAGGGGAAACAGGUAUGUAUAUAUUUCGGUAAGGCAAGUCUUGUGGUACAUGAUGUGUUUGUUGAACGUGUUGUAUGGUCUCUGUUGUCGUUUUUCUGUUGUAACCUAUCAAACUGUGGACAAUCGUAACGCGCACACGCGCUCCUGGUCAUUGCAAGGUAGGCGAUAACCCCGGUUCUUCUUUUUCUCCUUUUGUAAGACGCCCUGGCGAAACACCAGAGGCUGCGUUUUUAUUAUCAUUUUUUUUCCAGGGUGCUUACAGGUUGAUAGCGCAGUCUCCGGGAGGUUUCUUUAAUAUGGUUCCCGUUGGUUCUAGAAGUCAUACAUUCCAAUUCUCCUGCCUGUCUCGAGGUCUUGAAAGCGCUGCCUGAGCCUGCUGGAUCUCCUCUUCGUCGCGUCGCGUCGUCCAUUGCAAGAACGCCAUCUUCGUCAGUCACUCAGAGCAGGCCCCGAGAUGACCGAGCGCACUGGGAAUGACAUUAACAUAUGAAAUUCAGCUGUUCUAAAAGUUUUUUCCAAAGUUUAAAAAUAUAUUUUGCAUAAAUAGUCUGUCAAGUGUUAGUUUUACACUAUUUUGGUAGGUGAUGUUUGGUUUCAUGUAAAAUGAAUAAUUAACGCAUGUAAUUUGAUGUGAAUGCGAAAAAUCUUCGGUAUGUAAUUGUUUGUA